AUGCAAGGAAGAAAGUGUGAAAGUUUGCCGAAGAAGCCAGGAUUUCUGGUGCGUUGCGGAUGUUUAUUCGACGAGAAAACUAGAGCAAGGCUCGAAAGGGAAAAUGAAGAAACUUGGAAAGGAUUGUUAUCUUUGAAAGAACGUAGAAGGAUUCGUAAGAAAGAGGAAUUAGUAUUGCAACAGGAAGAUGAACAUAAAGAUCAACAGGAAACCAGAGAAGAUGAAACACAUUUAGUAGAAAAAUCGAAAAAAGAUUACAGAUUUACGAAGUGGUCGAAAUUGAAGAUACUUCGACAGAAGAAAGAGAAUAAAAAAUGGCAGGAAUAUUUGACACGACAUAAAAAUUGGAUCUUUUGUGCAGCUUUGAUUAAACUAAAGGUCUCCUUAUCGCGUCAAGAAUGGCAGCGUACUUGUCAUUUGAAGGAAAGGGCAAUUAUUCGGAAAAAUAUCCAUUUGGAAAAUAUUUUAAAAAUUAGAUGGAAAUAUAAAAUCGACGAAGCACUGUCAUCCGAUUCUAUAAUUUUCGACAAAAUAAUGAAGCAUGAACGAGAGAGAAAGAAACAACUAAGGCUUCGACAAGAAAGAUUGAUAAAAAUCAUCACGAAGAUCGCUCAAGAGAUGAACAAUGGUAUUCGUUUGUGGAAGAAGCCAAAAGACGUGUGUUUAAAGAAAACGAAAUUGAAAGAGAUUAGCGGGGGAAGUUUAUCGGAAAUCUUUUUCGAGGAGAUUCAAGGGGAGGAAUCUCUAAUUGCGGAGAAAACUGUUCCGGAGGAUAAUGAAAAGGAUCGCAAGGUCGAAGAUUCAGAAUUGAAACAUGAAGAAGGUAAAAAAGAUGUUAAAGCUAAAAAAGAUGCUGAAGCUAAAAAAGAGGGACAUCCUUUGGAAGAUGAGGGAGAUUUCGAAAAAUUCGUAGUAAAAGAAUCCAAAUCAUCGAUAGAACAAGUAUUCGAGCAAGAUACUUGCUUCUUUGCAAUUCCAAGCAUCGUCACUUUCGAUGACUUCGAGGCGAAUAAAAAGUAUUCUCGAAAAGUGAUAGUCAGAAACAAAGCAGCAAAAUGGGCGUAUCUGCGAUUCCGUAAAGUGUAUACAGAAGUGUGGGAGCCUGCAGUCAUCGAGGUCGACAUUAUGGACGCUGCAAGGGUCAAACCUGGCCUGGACGUGAUAGUCAACGUAAAAUUUUCACCAGUUCACGAGGAAGAAGUGACAGCAGAAAUCUCAUUUCUUACUCUGAGUCCUGAUUAUCCCGAAACUUUCCAUGAAUUUCGCGUUCCAGUUCGUUGUACCCCACAAACUGCUACACCUGUUUUGGAACCUACAGAAGUCAGUACGAUGAAUAGACUGCAGAUAUUUAUACAAUUUUGUAUCAUUAUGAACACGUUUGAAAAAAUAAAUUACAAAGAAGAGACUGAACAAACAAGCGUAGAGAAUACGGAUGACAACAAAGAUGUCUCGGUUAAUCAGAAAUCUCGAAAAAUGUAUCAAAUCGAAGUACCUCCAAAAUUCAAGUGUCGUUUAAAAAUCACUUUUCGACCAAGAUACAUAGGUCUUCACCACGAAGUGUUGGAAAUUUGUUUUUUGACUGAAAAUAGGACACUUGGAAAAUUGAGCGUUCCAAUUUGGACAGAAGUGAUUGGUUAUCAGAUCCACUUAGAUCCACCGUGUAUUGAUCUAGGCAUCGUAAUGAUCGAUUCUGACGUUUGUCAACAAUCUUUUACUAUCGUUAAUAAUGGACGUAACAGUGUGGAAGUUUUGACGAAGACUCCAAAAAAUUUGGGAAAUCAAGUGUCAGUUUAUCCAAAGUCGACGAUCGUACAAUCUGAAUCGUCCUCGAAAGUUAAUGUGAGAUUCAUACCUGAAUCCAGUAUCAUUGAUACCUCUGCACGAUUCUACGACCCAAUGUCCAGCAUGUUAGAAUUCCCCAUUCAAGUACAAAUUAUGUCUCAAGGACCGAGGAAACCACCGCCAUUAAUACUGAAAGCUCUUGCUAGUUUAACUACGUGUAGUGGUCUGAUAUUAGGUCAGUUAUUAAUUUAAAAAACGAAGAAAUAAAAGAAUAAAGUGCUAAAGGAUAUUCA